AUGGUCCAUUGCCUCCGAAACUUCAGCCACAUCACGAAGAAAGUCACGCGAAUAUUAAUGUUUCAAUGUCCUGGAAUAACUCUGGCUCAUUGUCGCAAGAGGAAUACUUACAGGAUGCCAGCCUUCACAGUAACUGGAGCUUUCUUUGCGACGGCGUUGCUCUUGAGCUGCGCCUAUGCAGGCACGACUUCGACUGUCAGUAACUGGGGAGACAAUCCGUCUCAUUUGCCGGCAUUGUUGGUCUACACCCCGACAACUGUCGCCUCGAAUCCUGCAAUAGUCCUUGCACUCCAUCCAUGCGGCGGGACUGGCUCACAAUUCAUGUCUCAAUUCAACAUCCCAAGCUACGCAGAUCAGCUCGGCUUUCCCAUCCUCUAUCCAACAUCUAACCAGCAGCUCGGCUUCAACUGCUGGGAUGUCCAUUCGACUGCGUCGACCACACACAACGGCGGAGGCGAUUCGCAGGGGCUUGCCGCUAUGGUUACGUGGGCGACGACCCAGUUCAAGAGCGACGGUUCGCGUGUCUUCAUUAUUGGCGCGUCAUCUGGAGCUAUGAUGGCCAAUGUAAUGGCUGCGACGUAUCCCAACCUUUUCAAAGGGGCGGCCUCUUGGUCAGGUGUUCCGGACGGUUGCUUCGCAGGCGACACGUCGAGCACACCGUCCAGCCCAGACCAGAGUUGCGCGCAGGGCCAGCGGGCAUUGAACACUACCGCCGCCCAAUGGGUUGCAUUGGCAAAGAACAGCGAUCCUGGCUACAAUGGCUCUCGUCCAGCAAUGCUUAUCACACACGGAACGGCGGACUCGCUGGUGACGAUAGCCAAUCUUGGUACCCAACUCGCGCAAUGGAGCGGUGUCUUGGGACUGAGUUGGUCAAAGAACAUCACCAACGACCCAACUACUAACUGGAAGCGCAUCGUCUACGGAGAUGGAACAAAGCUUAUCGGAUUCGAGGUUGCUGGUGGUGGCCACAUCCCGCCAUUUCAGGGUGAUGCGACCUUCAAGUUUUUUGGGCUGCUCGGUGGUGGGUCGGUCUCUACGACAACCACGGUCAAGAGCACUACAUCAGCAUCGGGUACCACGACGAGUGCGCCGCCUCCGACUGGCUCACAGGCGGCUCAUUGGGAGCAAUGUGGGGGGCAGGGCUGGACCGGCCCCACCACUUGCGUGGCACCGUAUAAAUGUACGGUGAGUAACCCGUACUACUCGCAAUGCCUCUAG